AUGGGGAGCACAUCUCAACAGUACUGUCUACGUUGGAACAACCAUCGAGCAAAUUUGCUGGCUGUUUUUGAUGAUCUCCUCCGCAGUGAAGCUUUCACAGAUGUUACUCUAGCAUGUGAGGGUGGAACUUCAGUCAAAUGCCACAAAAUGGUGUUGGCUGCAUGUUCUACCUACUUUCAAUCCUUGUUUUCUGAAGUGCCAUGCCAGCACCCAGUCGUAGUGCUCAAGGACGUCAAGUAUGGUGAGAUGAAGGCGAUACUCGAGUACAUGUACCGAGGUGAAGUGAAUGUUGCACAAGAUCACUUGGCUGCCUUGCUAAAAGUAGCUGAGGCACUCAAGGUCAAGGGUCUCGUCGAAGAAAAUGGCCCUCUUGCUGGACGACAUGGCCACAUACAUGGCCACAGCCACGAUCGUCGUCCUGAUGAUGUGGGGCCCGCUCACUCCCCACCUGGUACCACGACGCCUGCGGCGGCUCCACACAGCAGUGUUUCUCCGACAAACCCUACGGGGGCAACUUCAGGAGCGACUGCAGGCUUUGAUCGCUCCGGACCUUACAAUCUGUAUGGUAAAUCCCCAGUCGGAGAACGAACUGGUGCCGGAGGAGGUGGGGGACGCUUGUCACUGCCAGUGUGGGCAGUUCCGGGUCUGCCCUUGCCUCACCAUCCGGCACCAAUUCCCCCACCGAGUCACCCACAUGCAGCAGCAGCUGGUGUUCUUGGAGGCUGCUACGAUGCGGCUUCAGACAUGUCUCCACUGAAACGCAAGAAACUCCAGAGCCUCUUGCUGAGUCGAGACACACCCAUACUUCGCACUGUGCUCGGACAGGGACAGGGCCAGGCUGACUCUUCCCAGCAGCCGAUGUCUCUUGUAUGUCAACCUGACAGCCAUGAACGCGUGAAUUCCAAUGGAUCAGAUAUUGAUACUGACAGGCAAAUUGUGAAGGCAGAACAGUCUGUUGAAGAGGAAAGGUCACCUUAUACUGAUAUAUCUAACAUGGAUGAAGAUAUCAGUGAGAAGAACAAUAAAAUGAUGCUUUCGCAGACUUUCCCUAAUGACAUGAGAGCUGUAUCAUCUGGAAUAGCAACAUACGUCCCUACGCAGAAACCAGAAUGGAAACGUUAUAAACAGUACACACGGAAUGAUAUAAUGUCAGCUAUUGAGGCAGUACGGACAGGUAUGAGUGCAUUACAAGCUGCCCGCAAAUAUGGUGUUCCUUCACGCACACUUUAUGACAAGGUGAAGAAAAUGGGUAUUACAACAAGUCGACCUUUCAACAAGAGAGGUUCCAAUGUCAGUCCUGGAGGAUAUUUCCCCUAUGGAGGAAAUGGAGGUUCCAGUGCUGUUUUUGGAGGAGGUGGAACAUCAGAAGGUGAUGACCAGGUACCAACAAUGGAACCACUUUUCCUGCAGCAUGCACUUGAUGGCAUGAAACGUGAAAUUGGAGAACGAGAAGUUGCAGUAGCAGCUGCUGCAGCUGUAGCAGUAGCAGCCUCAGCAGGUGGCCCUGGGUCUGGAGGAGGAUCAUCAAGUCCAGGUGAGAAUGGACGCUCCCCCAGUCCUGGGCUUGGGCACAGCCCAAAAUAUGGUAGCCAUGAUAGUGCAACACCAAGCCCACCAGGUGACGGUUCUCAGCCUGGUACAGUUUCCACACCAGUAGCAGAUGAGGACAGAGUUGAAGAUCUGUCGGUAGCGGGUACUCGUAACAAAGAUGGAUUGUCAGCAACUCGAGUAAUAGUCCCAUUGGCUGGAAGGAAGGAUGAUGAUCAGCCGUUGCCUUCAAUGCAACAGCAGCAACAUCAACAUCAUAAACUGUUCAUGCAUUUAUUAUCUUUGUGCAAUAUUAUUUAUGUUGAAUUGUAUCAGAGUCUACAUUUGAAGGACAACUAA